ACAGUCUCCGCCGACUCGCACCCCUUCCCCGGGCGCCCCAGUCGCCCUCUCCCACGUCCCAGCCCGGCCCUCCCGGGCGCCCCACCCCGCCCCCCGACUCCUUUUAUCAAGGGCGCCGCGGUCUCACCUGGUAUUUGCAUCUCUCCCUCCAACUUGCCAUUGGCGGCGCGACGUGUGGGAGAGCCCUGCGCCUCGCCCGCCCGGACCAGCCUGCCCAGGCGCCGAGCUUGCUCCUGUGGUCAUCCCAGCCCAGUAUGCAUCCUUGAGCCCACUGGAGCCCACCACCUACUCCAGCUCUCUACGUGGCUGGGGGAGGCACUAAGCAUCUCCUCACCAACAAAGCGCUGCCACUCCGGAGAGCUCGGGAAUCCUGCUGUCAGCUCUUGGAGCAGACAGUAUGGCCAUUACCCUGCAGCCCAGUGACCUAAUCUUUGAGUUUGCAAGCAACGGAAUGGAUGACAUCCACCAGCUGGAAGACCCUUCAGUGUUCCCAGCCGUGAUCGUGGAACAGGUACCCUACCCCGAAUUACUGCAUCUGUACUCAGGACUAGAGCUGGAUGACUCUCACAACAGCGCUGCAACAGAUGGGGCCAUGUGCAUGACACAGGACCAGAUCCUGGAGGGCAGCUUUUUGCUGGCAGAUGACAAUGAGGCCAACUCACACGCCACGGCAACCACCGAAGUCUUACUCAACGUGGAAUCUCCCAACAACAUGCUGGAUGAGAAGCAGAUCUUUGGCACCUCUGAAAUGCUUCCAGACUCAGACCCAGCUGCAGCUGCGACUCUGCCCAACUACCUGUUUCCUACCUCUGAGCCUGAUGUCCAGAACGGGGCAGGUGACAAUGGUGCCCAGGAAGAGCAGCCUCUAGAGGAGAGAGUCCCCACAGAGGAAAGUGCCAAGAAGGCUGGGAAAUCAAAGAAGAGAAUCCGGAAGACAAAGGGCAACCGAAGCACCUCACCGGUCACAGACCCUAGCAUCCCCAUCCGGAAGAAGUCAAAGGAUGGCAAAGGCAGCACCAUAUACCUGUGGGAGUUCCUUCUGGCACUCCUGCAAGACCGAAACACCUGUCCCAAAUACAUCAAGUGGACUCAGCGAGAGAAAGGCAUCUUCAAGCUGGUGGACUCCAAAGCUGUGUCUAAGCUGUGGGGAAAGCAGAAAAACAAGCCUGACAUGAACUAUGAGACGAUGGGGCGGGCACUAAGAUACUACUACCAAAGAGGCAUCCUGGCUAAAGUGGAAGGGCAGAGGCUGGUGUACCAGUUUAAGGAGAUGCCCAAGGACCUGGUCGUGAUUGAAGAUGAGGAUGAGAGAAGCGAAGCCCCAGCAGCAGCCCCUCAGGCUGCGACAUCCUCCACAAGCUCCCUCAGAAGAGCCAGCUCCAGGGUGUCAUCCAGGGCUGCGCCCCAGGGCAAGGCUGGCCCUUCUUGGGAGAAGCCAAAGCUCCAGCAUGUUGGUCUACAGCCAUCUUCGAGUCUGGAAUUGGGACUGCCUCUGAAUGAGGAGACCCCCACUACCUCCACCAUGCUUGUCUCCCCGGCAGAGGGCCAGGCCAAGCUUACCAAGGCCGUGAGUCCUUCGGUGCCCAACAACAUCCACCUAGGAGUGGCCCCGGCGGGGUCAGGCUCGGCCGUUACCCUGCAGACCAUCCCGCUGACUACGGUGCUGACCAAUGGGGCCCCUGCCAGUACUACUGCUUCUACUCAGCUGGUUCUCCAGAGUGUCCCACCCACAUCUUCCACGCUCAAGGACACCUUCACUCUGCAGGCCUCCUUUCCCCUGAACACUAGUUUCCCAGAGAACCAGGUGGCAGCACCAGGGGCCCCACUCAUUCUCAGUGGCCUCCCUCAGCUUCUGGCUGGGACCAACCAUCCGACCAACCCAGCGCCACCCUCUGUCACAGCUGCUGGACCAGCAGGGCCAAGCUCUCAGGCCCCUGGGACUGUCAUUGCUGCCUUCAUCAGGACUUCCUCUACCACAACAGCCCCCGGGGUCAAGGAGGGGCCACUGAGGUCCUCCUCAUAUGUGCAGGGCAUGGUAACUGGGGCCCCCAUGGAGGGGCUGCUGGUUCCCGAAGAGACCCUGAGGGAACUCCUGAGAGAUCAGGCUCAUCUUCAGCCACUUCCAACCCAGGUGGUUUCGAGGGGUUCCCACACUCCAAGUCUUUUGGGAAACCAGACUUUCUCUCCCCCCAGCCGCCCCACUGUUGGGCUGACCCCAGUGGCUGAACUUGAGCUCUCCUCAGGCUCAGGGUCCCUAUUAAUGUCUGAGCCUAGUGUGACCUCAUCUGGGAGCUUGCUGACCAGAUCCCCAACCCCAGCCCCCUUUUCUCCAUUUAAUCCUGCUUCCCUCAUUAAGAUGGAGCCCCAUGACAUAUAAACAGAGGAGUCAGAAGGGUCACCCAUGAGGCGAAGCUGAGCAGCAGUUUCACACGGACUGACUUAUAUAGUGUUCCUGCCCUUACAUUUCCACGGGAUUCAAUACACUUGAUCCUCAGUCCCCCAGGCCUGCAUGGCACCACCAUGGCAAAGCCCUGGCAUCAGACGGUGGCCUUCAGGAGCACAAGAAGAUGUGUUCUUGGCAGGAUAAUGGGUUGGCUUGGUGAUGGAGAGAAAACUCCUGGAGCCAGGGAGAUGCUCUUGGUCAGGACUGGCACAGGAACUUCAUGAGAAGUGUCAGGCCUGGCUGUAUCUAGUCAUCCACAUGCCCUGUGUAGGGACCUUACUAUCCCAUAUGUGAAUAUCUCUGUAUCUAUGUGUGUGUACUUGUAGGUCUCUGUCUUCCUUUUUGGGGUGGGGACUGGGUGCAGCUGUGUGGUCUUGUCUUCAAGGAUGUGUGCAUGUCCUGUGGGUCAGCCACAGAGGUGGGGAUCUUUUUUAAGGGAAAACAUCUUCUAGUGCCCAAGAUUAAGUUGCUCUGAGGUUAUAGGGUACAGAUGGGAUCCCCAGACCUAGAGAUGUCACAGAGCUGGAUCUGUCCAGAUCUAGGUAGGAGGGCUUCAAUGGGUGUACCUGUUGGGAAAGACACACUGCUGGAGGACAGUAAGGCUGAGGGGGAAGGAAGAGAGAGAACUCAGCCCUGGGAGUGAGCACCACCGGCUAAACCAAUGUGCUCUUCCUGGAGUUUGCCUUGUUGCUGGCCACUGGCACUGUGCCAGCAGGCUGGGACCUUGGCCACUGGAGUACUUUGCUGGAGAAGUAGCCAGGGCACAGCACCCCUCUUGAGUCAGACCAGGACAUGAAGUCCCCAGACAGGGCUGAGUCAGGGAAUGUCUGUGCCAGGGUCUUGGGCUGUUUGUGUGAGAGCAGCCUCAUGCCAGGCAACAGUCUCAACUGGCAUGUUGCCCUGCAUGCUAUGCCCUGGGAUAGGUGGUCAUUACUUCUCCCCUGAGAUUUCCUAGCUGUCAGGUGCUGCUGGGGGCAGUGGCACAGUGACCCAGCUGGGGUCUGCCUCAUCCUUGCUGCUCAGCCUGCCUUUUCACCUCAGAGGUGUGCUAGCCUCUACUCACUGCCGACUCUCAUAGCUAAUCCCCGUUUCCCAUCACCACCAGGGUAGGGAUCAGCUGAUGUGUACCCCUGUGGCCCCUCUCCAGCUCCACAAGGCUCCUCACUUCCCAUUUGUUGCUUUCUGGGGAAGGGUCAGCCUAUGCCCCUCCACGUCAGCCCCUCAGCUGAGGGACUGUGUCCCCCUUCCUCUCUCCCACUGAAUUUGUUUGCUCCCUCCCACCACCUUGGGGGCAAAAUGAAGAAACUUUGGGCUUGGGAGCAACUUCACUCUCUGGUGAAUUUGGUUAAUGUGAAUCAGUGCCUCAGGACCUUUGCUUCGUUCUUGGCACAAAACCACCCACUUGGCCUAACUACCUCCCCUGGCUGCCCUUUUCUCUUUCUCUUGUGGGCAUCUCUCUCUCUCUCUCUCUCUCUCUCUCUCUC